CGCUGUGUCCCCCCCCCCCUCCCAGGCGCGGCCCCGGCACCUGCUGCGGCGGCGGCUCCGGCCAUGGGCGCGCUCCCGCGGACCGCGCUGGCGCUGGCUGCGCUGCUGGGUGUCUCCUCAGCCAUGCUAGAGGUGCAUGUGGGGAUGGGCUCGGUCUUCUCCGUGGAGGGACAGCAAGUGGUGCUGCCGGCUUGGUACACCAGCCGCUCCCAGAAGAAGCCCUACGUCACCUGGCUGCUGGAUAAGGAAGAUGCUGACCCCUUCCAGAUCCUGACCUACCUGGACGGGGUGGUGAAGGUGGAGGAGACGGAGCUGAAGCCCCGCGUGGGGUUCCUGUACCCUGUCCUCACCCACAACAUCUCAGUGCUCAUCAACGCCACGCGGGAGCGCGACUCCGGCCAGUACAUGUGCACCGUUAACGUGGUGGACGACGACACCAGCACAGGCAAGAACAUCGGUGUCAUCAACCUCACUGUCCUGGUGCCGCCGGCCGCCCCCUCCUGCCAGCUGCACGGCAACCCCGUCGUGGGAGCCAACGUGACGCUGAGCUGCGCCUCCGCCAAGGGGAAGCCCCCGCCCGCGUACCAGUGGCACCGCACAGCCCCCGCCCUGCAGGUCUUCUUCCCCCCCGCCCAGGACCGGGCCAGGGGCACCCUCAAACUGACCAACCUCACCCUGGACAUGUCGGGUCUCUACGUCUGCGUAGCCGAAAACCGAGCAGGUUCGGCCGAGUGCAGCAUUGUCCUGGAGGUGCACUCAACUAGCACCAAAGCCGUCAUCGCUGGCGCCGUGCUGGGCUCCCUGGGUGCCCUCGCCAUCGUCAUCUUCUUCGCCCAGCGGGUCGUUGGCUACCGGAGGAAGAAACGUGACAGCCAGGAGGAGGCAGCCAAUGAGAUCAAGGAAGACGCCGUGGCCCCCAAAACCCCGUCGUGGGCGAGGAGCCCCGCUUCGGACACCAUCUCCAAAACCAGCACCUUGUCCUCCAUCGGCGGCACCCGGGAGAAACCGUACAGGGCCAGACCCCCUUCCGACACCGCCUCCAUCCUCACCACUACCGGCAGCUACCGGGGACCCCCGCCGCGAGCAGGGGGACGCACACCCAGCCUCUCACCCCCCGCUAUUAACGGGGGCCCCCGGUGCUGCCAGGAUCCAGCCGCCCCCCCAGGGUCGUUGCCCCCCUCCAGCUUGGCACGGGCGGGCGCCGUCCCCGUCAUGGUGCCGGCGCAGAGCCGAGCCGGCUCCUUGGUGUGAGACACCCCCCCUCCGACCACCCCAAGAAAAAAAGGGGUGCCUGUAUCCAGCGCACACACACCCCUCCCCAUUUUCUGGGGUGUUUUUUUUCCCUUUUUGGGGUUGGUUUUCUUUUUAAAAGAUGCCUCGAGCA